GACAGUACUGUUCACUAGGAAAUGAAAUCUCCGAGCUUUGCCGUUCCAAGAACAGAUACGGUGGGCCCUCGCACACCGUAUCGCUCCCCUUCUCAUCUUCCAAACAACCCUUCCGUAUCUCUUCCGUAUUUCCGUAUUGUUCUUUUUCCUUCUUCCAAACAACUCAACCGUGUUUCUCCCAUAAUCGUCGCCGGAUUCGUCUUUCAUAUAUCUUGGAUGGGUUUGGAUCCCGAAGGAUCGGUUGCAGACGUACGGGGUGAAGAAGCUACUACUGAUCAGGAAUCAGCAGGAACUUUGUGUCUACAUGCUUUUUCAGAUUUGACCUAUGUGUCUCCAAUUGUGUUCUUAUACCUUCUCAAAGGAUGUUAUGUUCAUGGCACGUGUAAGGCGGCAAAGAAGUUCCAAGCAUUACAACAUCAAGUCCACCAAGUGCUACACAAUAAUCCCAAACCCGGGCCUGCUACUUUCAUUGCUCAAUGCCUUUACCUGCUCCCUAUAUUUGGAUUAUAUAGCGAAGGUUUCAGUCAUUUGAUAAUAUCCGCCCUUCGUCGUUUCCUCAAAUCUGCAACUGGCCGAACAAGUCAAGAAGAUCUUUCUUUGGCGAGAAAUUUAGCUGCUCAGUUGCUCCUUGCUUGUGAAAGAGGAUCCAUUGACUAUGAUGAGAGGGUAAUGGAAAAGAUCAUUAAAGUGUUUGACGUCUGGUUGUCAAGCAUUGAUGAUAUCCUGUCACAGCCGGAAGCUUGGAACAAAUGUGGUUAUGCUACUGGAAGUGCAUUUUUGGACCAAUACAUUUCCAACUUGAUAAAAUCAAAGUCAUACAUGAUAGCAGUCUCUCUAUUAGAGCAUUUCUCUAUUUGCUUCCCUGGACAGACCUUACUUCAAGAAAUGGUUGAGAACAACGACUUCCAAGCUGCGGAGAAGUGGGCUACUUUCAUGGGGAAACCCAGCUUAUGUAUUCUUGUCCAAGAAUAUGACGCAAGGAACAUGCUUAAGCAGGCACAUACUCUUAUAAAGAAAAGCAAUCUCCGGCAGGAUUUUCCUGAUCUGUAUCAGAAGUGCAAAGAAAAUGCCCUGAAGAUCCUAGCAGAAAAAGCAUGUUGGGAUGUUGCUGAAGUAAGGGCAAAUGGUGAUAGACAAUUGCUCGAGUAUUUGGUUUACUUGGCAAUGGAAGCUGGUUACUAUGAGAAGGUUGAUGAAUUGUGUGAUCGAUAUUCACUUGAAAAUGUUGCAAGAACUAAAGAUGCUGAAGUAGGUUUGAUUGGUGGCCGCUUUCUGUGUCUAAAUGAUUUGGCUGUGGAAGAUGUAAAUUGGGUUGAUGAAGUUGAUGAGUUGAGAAAAGCAACUUCAUAUCUUGAAGGGUGUAGAGUUGUGGGUGUUGACUGUGAGUGGAAACCAAAUCAUAUAAAAGGUAGCAAGCCGAACAAGGUUUCAAUCAUGCAAAUUGCUUCUGAUAGCAAAGUUUUCAUCCUUGACUUGAUAAAGCUUUCAAAUGAUGCUUCUGAAAUUUUGGAUGAAUGCCUAACUCAGAUUUUGCAAUCGUGUAGAAUACUAAAGCUCGGUUAUAAUUUCCUUUGUGACAUAAAGCAAUUAGCGCAUUCAUAUGAGGAUUUGGAAUGUUUCAAGCGCUAUGACAUGUUGCUAGACAUUCAGAAUGUUUUCAAAGAACCAUGUGGUGGUUUGUCAGGACUAACAAAGAAAAUAUUGGGAGUGGGAUUGAACAAAACGAGACGGAACAGUAAUUGGGAACAAAGACCUUUGAGCCAGAAUCAGUUAGAAUACGCAGCUCUAGAUGCAGUGGUACUCGUUCACAUAUUCAGCCAUGUUGGUGAUCAUCCGCAACCUGUUAGUAGUUCAGAAGCACGCAAGAAAAUCCAGUGGAAAUCUCAUAUUGUUUCUCGCAUGGAUAACCCGAAGAACUCGAAGAAAGAACUGAAACGGAAAAAAGAGUUAGCAGCUGACAAAAUCACAGCAUCAACAAUGGACUGAGCCCAUUGCCACAGUCGGUAAGAUCAUAUUGAUUGACGUGGAAGCAUUUUUUUUUUUCAAAUGUUUAAACCUCUCAUAGAUCACAUGAGCAGAGUUUCCAAUGUGAAUACAACAGUUAAGAAGCUUACAGACUUAGGUAUGA